AUGGAGCGUUUUGUGUGCCUAGUUGUGGUAUUUGCCAUGGCUACGGCAAUGGCUGCACCGGCCUAUGCCCAAGUCACCACUCCAUGUAAUGCAUCGAUGAUAAACAAUUUGUUCAGCCCUUGUGUGAAUUUCCUCACAAAUAGCAGUGGCAAUGGCACCUCACCCUCUGCCCAGUGCUGCAAUUCCAUGAAGUCCCUCACAAGUGGGGGUAUGGACUGUUUGUGUCUCAUUGUCACUGGCAAUGUUCCUUUUAGAAUUCCAAUCAACCGAACCUUGGCCAUCUCUCUUCCUCGUGCUUGCAACAUGCCUGGUCUUCCAGUUCAAUGCAAAAGUUCACCACUUCCAGCUCCUGGACCAGCGUCUCUUGGGCCAUCUCUUUCUCCUGUAUCUAACCCGUCUUCACCAUCUCUUAGUCCUGAAGCAUCCUCUGUACUUCCCUCGCCUGUCACACCUUCUUUGGCACCAGAGUCUGACACAACCCCUCCUCUUUUGACUCCAUCAUCUCCCUCAGUGGAUUCUGAUACCCCAUCUGCAACCAAAGGAAGUGGACGCUCUGAUCUGACUCCAUCAUCAGCCACAUCAUCUUACCGUCUCCUACCUUCUUUUGUAUUGAUUACAUUAGGAUUUGCUGUUCUCAAACACCGCUAG